AUGAUUGACAAAAAUGACACCAACAGCAUAGGUAAUGUCCAACAAGAAGAUGCUAACAACGGACAAUUAAAUAACGAUGGUAACAUUAACAACCAUGUUUUACCAUUUACACCUUGGAAAACACCAAAACAUCAUAUUUUACCGGAUAAAACGCCAAGCAAUCCACCUUUAAUUUCACCAAAUUUAAUGGCUGUAAGAUCUAUUGAAGCCAUAGAGCAAAAAUAUAAGUUGAACAAUGUUAAAGGCCAUAAGUUGUUUGAUUAUGCACCAGAUACGAAAACUACGAGCACACAAGAGAAUAUGAAUAAAAAAAGAUCCAUAAAAAACAAGAAAAAUUUAAACCACCCAAUAAUAGCUAAUAAAACUGUCCCGUUGUGUGAAGAAAAUGAAAGUUAUUUAACAGAUAAUGCUGAUACUACUACUACCAUUGAUAUCAAUGACGAUGAAGAAGAACGAAAACAAAAUGAUACUAGUCAACUAGAGUUUAAUCCUGGUGUAUACGACUACCGUUGUUUGUACAAUUUGAAACCAUUAUCGAUGAAUAGACAGGAAGAGUUUUUACAAAUUGAAAGAGCCAUGCAUUGUAGAAUUUUUCAUGAAAAUAAACACAAGGAGAGCAUAGAUUUUAGACCUGAUUUACAGAUUUUUUGUUGUGAUGAAGAUUAUACAGAAUAUUUAAAUGAUCAGAAAAAAAGACAGAAUUCUAUUGAUUUCAAAACCGAUUAUCCUGUAGAACCUCUAACUAACUCAGAAUCUAGUGGCGACCAUGAUAUUUUACAAGUAAAUAAAGAUAGAUCAUAUUUUGGAAGGAGAGAAAGAUCGGAAGUUAAUGGUUUACAAGGUGAAACACCUAUUAUUGACCAUAGUAUUUUAAAUAGGCGACUUUUCGAGAAAGCAAAAGAUUUUACGACUCCUAUUUCCAAAUACAUAGGACUAUCUUUAAAAUCAAGCUCAUCGAGAAAUAGAAGUAAUAGUUUAAAAAAUAGACACAGCUAUACACGUGAAGAGAAAGAAGAAGAAAAAGAAGUUGAAGAAGUUGACGAAGAAGAAGAGGAAGGAGAAACAGAAAAAGAAAAAGAUGAUGAUAUUGAGGAACAGGACAUUUGUAACGUCAAUGCUAAUAAUGGAGAUGAUAAUAUUUUAGUAUCAAUAUCAGGUGUCUCAAAUUUGGAAUUACAAGAUUAUAUUUCAAAAAAAUUUGAAAAAUAUAGUGCAGAAAAGAAAAUAAAAAAUAGUUUUAUUAAUUGCAAUAGCAAAAACACCGAUGAUAACGAAUUGACAUUUAGAAAAUUUUCUUCAAAAUCCAUAAACAGGUUGAAAAUUAAUAAAAAAGGAGAUUAUGGGUCUCACAGAAUUAUGAAUAUUCAUGGUGAUUCUUAUAAUAAAGGCAAUAAACAAGUUUACCGGUUAUUAUCGUUUUUAAAUGAUUUGAAGCCAAAGUAUUUGAAUGAGUUACAGGUUUAUUUUAAUGAAUCUACCCCUACUUCUCAACCAGCCAUGAAUAAGAAUGACAAUUAUCACAGCAUAUUACCUAAUUCUUCAACUUCUGAAUCAAAGUUUUUGAACAGAGAAUUUGGCUCAAUAACCAAUAUUCUAAGUAAGAUAGAGCUACAAGAGCAGUACAAAAUAUAUAUUAGAGAAACUGAAAUUUUGAAUAAGCUGAGGAAAAAUAAGUUUAUCAGUAAAUCAGUUUUAUUUGAACGCGACAAUGAUGAUAAUGGAGAGAAUAGUGGUAUUCGAGAUAUCAAAAAUGUCGCUGAUUUAGACAAAAUAGUGGCUAAUAUUAGAGAUCAGUGUCAGAGCAUUUGGUAUACAGAUUCUAUAAUUUUUUAA